CUCGAAACACGCAGCUUUAGGUGGUGCCUCUAAACUGAGAGACAAAAAAUACUCCUGCCAGAUACCUUCCGACAUAAAAGUAACCGUAUACAAUUUUAAUUCAGCACUGGACUGGAUAGAGUAAGCGAUACAUGACUGCUGUAUUGAAUUUGCUUUCACAAUAUUCCGGAUUAAGACGAGAAGCAUCUAAAAUGUAAUGAAACCGAGGAAUGAGAAAGAAGCGGUUCGAGGAGUUUGCAAAAUGAGCAGCCCAUUCAGGAAACUGGAUUCUUGGAUUGUGCUGACAGCUAUUUUGGCUUCUGUUCCUCCCAUUUUGGCUUUUGACUUUACAUGUGUACCCGAUACUGUGAGGAACCCUGUGAACACCACUGCUGAACUUCAUUGCUCCUUGACCAAUAUACAGAUAAAAGGACCAAUAACUGUUGUUUGGACAAAAGACAGCAUUGUGCUUAACAAAUAUCAAAAUUCUUCACGACCGCGCAGAGACGCAUUGAAUUCUAGAUAUCAUUUUCUGGAGGAUAAUAUAAAACAUGGGAAGAUUAUCUUGCAAAUCAUAAAUACUGAACUGUCAGAUGAUGGAAUUUAUGAAUGCACAGUUAUUGUCAACGAGGCCUAUCGUGAAGCACAAGUCCGGCUAUUCAUUACAGAUCAUGUCAAGGAGGAAACUGAUGCAGAUCUUGAAGUUCAAGAAUUAGUAAAAGUCAGCUCUUUGGAAGAGGAUUAUCAAGAAGAUGGUGGCCAUAGACGUCAUCGUAAUGUCAUCCCCACGGUGUUCAUCUGUUUUGGUUUUAUUGCUGGAGCAUGUGCUGUUAUAGUGAUGAAAAAGACAAUUUUCAUGGCAAGAAAAAGAAAAGAAUGUCAGGCAUCUACUGGUUCACAUGCUCAUAAAUGCACCUCCGCUGAAGAGCAUAAGUGUCAGCUGUCCUUGAUAUCCUGGAAUGUUUAAUGAACUGCUUAAGUUCUAGCUGGAGCCAGUCCCAAGUCUGGAUGAAGCAUGAGGGAGAGCAAACAUCUCGGCAGUCAACAGAGUGCUGAGAGGGACUCAACAUCAUUUCAUAAUGACAGUAAAACUAACUUUCUUGGGAGUAAGUCCAGAAGAAUUAAAAUCCUGAAGUCCAUUCAUGUCUCUGUGUUGUUUCCAUUAACCAGGUACAUGAUAAGGAGUGGAAAGUGUGUCAUGGGUUGUGAUAUUUGCUGCCAUCUCAGGCAUUUUGUAUACCUGCUGAGCAGGGCCGGAUUUAUAUGAAAAGAGGCCCUAGGCUAUUCCACUUAUGAGGCCCUUUCACCUUCCAUUUUUAAGUUUGUAAAUUAUAUGAGAGAUAAUAAAAUACAUCAUUACUGUGAUUAACCAAUACAUUUUUAUGUUUGUUUAUUAGUCAUAUGCGUAGAAUUUCUCCUUAUUUUCGGUUCAGUGUUUUAGUGUUCACUGUUUUUAGAAUAGUGUAAUUUUAAUUUUGUUAACAAUUUGAAUGUAGGCCCCUCUUGAUCUUGAGGCCCUAGGCUGAAGCCUAGUUAGCCUAUAGGAAAAUCCGGCCCUGCUGCUGAGGUUUAUUCAAGUAAUAAAAAGAAUGAAAUAUUUAAAGUAAAACCAUAGUGAAGAUUAAACAUGAUACUGAUAGCAAAGAUGUAAAUCAAGUGAAGUCUGUGGAUUGCUAUAGUUUGGUUCCUACUGUAAGUUGUUAGGGGCCAUAACAGAACACUGACUGUGCUUAAUAAGCUAUGAUGUGUUCAGCAAAUAUAUGGUGGAGGUGUGUAAUUGGCCCUCUUGCGUUUCUCAGCUAGUUUGGCCACCAGAAAAAAUACUAAAAGCUAUACAUGUAAAAUGCAAAGUCCACACACUCAUCAACAAAGACCAUUUUUCGUUUAGUUAAAAUGCUACAAUUUUUACAGGAUGAUAUAUCUAAUUAGGUAGCCGCUAAGAAAGAAUGUUUUAAUAGAUUUGUAUUUAAGGGUAACAACACUAGUAUUUAAAUAUUUUCCAAUUGCAUAUUAAUAAAAUACAUUGACAACAUUUAAAAUGUUGCAAACAUGACGAAGAAAAAGAUGACAAAUAAUUUCUCCCAGUAUAGCUCAUUCUGUUUGCCUAGUGCUAACAUUAGUAUGUCAAUGCAAGAGUUCUUUGUAAUCCAUAAAUUAAAUAAUGGACACACUGGGCAAGGAGACAUGUGGUCUACCAGAGGGAGUUCUGAAGUUAAGGCCAAAAGACCUUCUGGGUAGGAAAGUCUUAAUGCAUGGGCACGCUGGGCAGUUGUCUGGUGGCCCCACGAGCAUAGGGGCCCCAUGUUAAUCUAUGUAUGUUGUGACUUGCUGUCAAUAAAUAAACACUAUACUAUCCAUCCAUCCAUCCAUUUUCCAACCCGCUGAAUCCGAACACAGGGUCACGGGGGUCUGCUGGAGCCAAUCCCAGCCAACACAGGGCACAAGGCAGGGAACCCAUCCUGGGCAGGGUGCCAACCCACCGCAGGACACACACAAACACACCCACACACCAAGCACACACUAGGGCCAAUUUAGAAUCGCCAAUCCACCUAACCAGCAUGUCUUUGGACUGUGGGAGGAAACCGGAUCGCCCGGAGGAAACCCACGCAGACACGGGGAGAACAUGCAAACUCCACACAGGGAGGGCCCGGGAAGCGAACCCGGGUCCCCAGGUCUCCCAACUGCGAGGCAGCAGCGCUACCCACUGCGCCACCGUGCCGCCCACACUAUACUAUACUAAACUAUAAAUAUUUGUUAUUGUAUUACAAGUGGACAUUGGCAUUCACCUCAGACAUAGCAUCACGGUCACCUCUGCAACCUCACAUGCCUGUAUGUGUACGGAUCUCACGCACUACAUAACGUAGAAACGUAUAUGCGUAUAUUAACUCAAUUCUCUGCAAAGAAAUUUCACAAAUGUUUGUGUUGAACACUUGAUUAAUAUUAAAUAAUUAUAGUAAUUUCACACUGUGCCGACUCUGUUUGUAGGGUUUACCAAUCGAGUAUCAUUUAUAUGUUGAAAUUUUUGUGUUUUUCAAUGCUCAUAUCAUAUUGUUCAAAUGUUUGUGUUGAUUAAUCUUUGUUGUUCUGCAUGUUUUUUAGUGUUUAAACACUAAUUUUGUUGGAAGUACCAAUACAAUAAAUAUAUGUUUAAUUUUAUUGACCAUUUACAUUUUAUUUUUCCUAUGAGUGGUUGUGUAGGUAGGGGGACCCAGUGCACUGCUUUGCUCAGAGGCCUAUAAUGCUGUUAAGACCGCCCCGGUUUUUGGGUAUUACACUGUGACCUGUAAUAACUUUGGGAAUUACCUUGGAAUCCCACCCUGGGUUUAAAGACACCCCACAGUGCCGUUGGUUGGGGAAGCUUGGAGAUGGUAGGAGAGAGUAUGCCAAAGGCUCACUGGCAGAGAGGAAGUGGUCAGAUGAGAGAGGAGAGGACUGAAUUGCUCGUCCUUUCUGUUAUUCUUACAUUUUGAUUUCUCUUCCACUUUUACCAAAAAUCCUGUUUUUUGUUCAGUGACAAAUAAAUCAUCCCUUUAAUUUUGCCAACAAAAUGCGCAAAGAGAUUUCCUAGUCGCAAUGUUUAAACAAAGUAGUUUGUUUCUAGUAUUAUUGUGACUUAGUUGGAAGAUCAGACCUUGUUUUUGAAAGUUAAUUCAUGCACAAAUACUGAGGACUACACAAACGUUUUCUUGCAACCAGGUACAAUAUUUUGUACAUCUGUAAAGUCACCUGACCAUAACAUGUUAUCAGAUCAGACAUUACUGUUUUAACCAUUAGAGACUCACAAACUAGGGGUCCUUCCAUUUUACCUCAUUUGUAGCUUUGCAAACAGACUUGAUGGUCUGAAUUGUCUCUCAUUUUGUGAAUUUCUUGUGCUU